GAGCCUGGGGGGCUCUGGGCUAAGCGACUCCGGAAGCGGGGUGGGUGCAAGCUUGUUUUUCAGGGCGACACCUGUGCUUUUUGGCUAAAACGCGCAAAGCCGUUGCUGGCUGGGCCGGCGUUUUUAAGCCGGGCAUUCUGCUGCCAGAGGAGGGACUUUUCCCAGAUAAAGGCAGUUAAUGUCCACAGUGUGGGCAUGUAUGUUUGUCAGGUUUUUUUUUUUUUCCCCCUUUUAUUGACUUUGCACUUGUUUCUGCUGCCAGGCGUCAGAUUGGGCUUUGGCUGGACUUUGCCGAAAGUCCAUCCAAACUGCAGGUUAUAGGGUGCUGAUGCAGCACCCCCACCCGAGACAGGUUUUUCUCAGUGCAAGCCUGCCACGGCCGCUGCUUUUAUCAGACUAAACUGUGUUUUGUCCUGGAUCGAGCAGGUUGCCGGCGGGAAGAGCAACGCUGGCCNCCCCGGCACCAUGCCGGCCAGCUCAGAGCCCCCCGAUGUGGCGAAGCUGCUGCACCUCAUCUUCCUCUCAACUUCCUGGGGGAUGCAGAUCUGGGUCACCUUCGUGUCUGGGCUGGUGAUGGGCAGCCGCCUCACCCGGCACACCUACGGCUUCAUCCAGAGCGAGCUCUUCCCCUACUACCUCCACAUCUGCUCUGCUUGUGCCUUCUUCAACCUGCUAAUAUUUGCCAUGUACCAUCCCAGUGAGCUGCUCAGCAAGGAAGAAACGACCCAGAUCACAGUCUUCUUUGUCUGCGUGGCUGUUGCAGCACUGAACGCGCAGUGGUUCGGGCAGAUGACCUCGGACAUCCUGGCAGACAAGCACCAGAUCGAGCGGACCUACGGACUGGGCCAGGAGAUCGGCUUCUUCACCAGCAAAUCCUACCGGAAGCUGCGCGAGUCAGACCCUGCCUACAGGAAGAUGUGCCGGCAGCUCAUCCUCUACCACGCGUUGUCCUCCCUCUGCAACCUGUGCUGCAUCGCGUGCAACGGCUGGAGCUUGUACUACUUGGCUGCUCACCUUUCUGCCUUGUAAGAGAGCAGGUCAGACGUCGGACUGCGUUUCGACGGGUGGCUGGCCAGAAUCAAAGCAGUGGGGAAGGGGAAACUCCCCGCCGCCAAUCUGUGCCUUGCAGUAAAAUAUCGGAGUUUUGAGGAUUAAAUUUCAGCAGCCUCAGACAGGGAGUCCUUUGCUUCUGUUUCCCCUCUCUGCUGGGAAAUCCCAGUCCCCAGCUGUCACACUUACCUACCGCAUUCCCUCCAAAACUCACAGGAGUUUCCCAUCACGUAGACUAUUCUGAACAGAUCAUUUUGCAUUUUUUCUGAUUACUAAAUCCUUACCAACAGAACGGUUCGCUUCCUGCUACCUGCGGUGCCAUGCCUCCGAAGGUGCUGUGCUGUUCCUCCCCCCGCAGCUUUGCGUUGCCUGGUUGUGGCGAGGUGCUCCGGCUGGCGCACUGCCGCUCCGUGGGGUUCAUCCUGCCUGCUGCAAAGAGCAGAGUGGUACAGGGGACACAACGUGCCAGAGGCUGCCAUGAGGGGACAGCUGCUAGCUGUCCUCUUCUCUUAUGGUGGACUUCAUGAUGAGGAUCUUUAUCAAAGUUCCCAGCUUGUGUAGGCAGCAUGCAAAUUUUGUAGAUUUUUUUACUCAGAAAGACCAUUAAGAUUUCUUAGAAAACGGCACGGCCAAAGUGCACCCACUUGCACCGUUCAGCAGUUAGUGCUUUUUUCCUUCCGCUUUGCCAACUACAGAAACAUUUUUCAUAGUAGGUCAAAACCAUGGUUUCAGUCCUUAAGAACUGCUUUGAGUUUAUACAGUACAGAUGUGCUCUCUGGAAGUAACAGUAAUUUCUGAUUGACUUUACAAAGUUGUUGCAUGGAUCGUUCAUUAAUUAAAAAGGAGACUGCUCUACUACUGAGACAAAGUUCUAACAGUAAUAGCGGUUAGUGCAUAGCCAGCGGCCUUUAUGGCAAGCAGUGGUCGUGGAACUGAGUCAAAGCAGGACUGAAUGGAGAUAGAUUUAAGAAACUGGGUUACGCUUCUUCAAAUUCUUUCUCUGUGUAUAUUUGUGCACACUGAAGUAGUUUAGGAAUAGCUAAAUGGAACUCCAAGCUUUUGUUUUCCUUAGAGCUGUUUGAAUCUAGCUCUGGAGUGAGAAAAAUCUCUGUGAUCUUAGCAGAAGUGUUUAUGGCCGAAUAGCUUUUUUUAAGGUCCUGAGCACUUGCGGUACUUAUUUCUGCAGUCACUGUUUAUCAGGGCAGCUCAGGGAGAGAGAAAUGAGAGAUUUAGAGUUACUUUUAAUUAAAAGCUGAAAGUCAGCACAGAAGACCCUGUACGUUGGCUUUACCAGUUAGCGUGAUGGAUACGGCUGUUAUGUUUGG